CCACAUUGUUUGUAUCCCCACUUUGCGCAAGCGUCCUCUUUAAAUUGUGUUUACUUCUAACCCUAAAAAACUCUUUGAUGCCUUUUUUACGAAAAUUAAGCCAAAAUAGGCCCCACAACGAACUAUGUACAAGGGAGAUUGCAAGUGGCACCAUGAUUACGUACGUCUAGCUUUUGACACCGGCUUUAAAUUCGAAAAACACAAAUCGGACAACUUUGACAGAAACAAGAUAAGUUUAAUUGAUAUUGAUCGAGUGAUUGAAGAGAGAGACUUUGCAACCGUUGAAACCCUUAUUCCUGGGAUAACAAAAUUUGUUCUAGACCCGGACCUGGCGCAGGUCUUGGACGUUAGUUUCGUAAAAACGUUCAAAUUGAGCCAAUUGGCGAUUCAGUAUUUACUAUUUUGCAAAAAAUAUCUCGAUAAUACCGUAAUAGUGUUGAAAGAUGAGUUGAAGAAAGUUCGAGGGGAAAACAAAGAAUUGAAUUUAUUUGUUGACGAUCUCAAGGAGCACAUUGCGACUUUGAUGCGCGAAAUUGACGAAAAAGUUGCCUUCAAAUGCGAACAGUGCCUUAAAGUUUUCUCAAGUGAGGAAUUUUUAAAUUCGCAUAUCAGGCGCCGCCAUAGUACCCCCACACAGGUCCCCGAAACGGACAAACUCCAGAUGGAAAUCAAGGAAUUGAAAGGGCGCCUCAACGAUGCGGAGAAAAUGAUUCAAAAGGAGCACCAGGAGAUUGACUCAAAUAUCAGUAGGGAGACGGAUUUUAAGAAAAUUGAAGAUUUGCAGCAAAAGUUUGAGGAUUUGCGGCUGCAGGUCCAGUCCGAAUUGAAGGUUUUGCAGACGCAGCAUAACUUCCAGGAGAAGUAUGAAAAGUGGUUUGAGAAAAUGGCCCUUCAGGGGGGCAGUUUGGGGCGCAGGAGGGAGAGCAUGACGCAGACUGAGGAGGGGGCGUCGAGUCGUGUUGUUAUGUAUCAGGAAAAAAAUAAAGAAAAUGUGCCUGAGUUGAGUAACGCCCAGAAACAGAUUACGCAAUUUGAGGAGGCUCUGGAGACUAAAGUGGCGUCCAGUUUACAGAAAAUUGAAGACCAGAUGCAGUCGUUUUGGAAUAAGUUGAAUGAAAUGGAGAUGUAUAGAUGUAGAGAUAUGGAAGAUAAACCUAAACCUUCUGCUAAGCCUAGAAGCAAAUAUUCGGAUAAACAUUUGAUUGAAACUAGGCAAAGGAACGAAUCUAGUCAGCAACGUGAUAAAAAACAGGCAAAAAGUGUUUCUCUGGAGGAAGAUAACGAAAUAACUGAUGCUAGUCCACAAAGUCAGGAAACGCCAAAAGCUUCUCCAAUUAAGGUAAUGAGAGCUCAGCCUCAAAUAAAGGUUCCUAAAGUCAAAACUGAGAAAAUCGAGUCUGGGAUUAAUUUAACUGAAAUUGACGAUGACACUACCACUUCUGAAACACUUGCUUCCGAAGAAAAAAUUUCGGAUUCGCCCCAAGAAAAAGUAAUCAAACCGCCUUUAAAGCCUCAACCUGUUCCAAGAAAGCGCCCAAAAACAAGUAAAGAUAUAGUUUCAAGUAAUAUAAUAGACGACGAGUUGUUGCAACAUUUUAAAUUAGAAAUCGAAAAUAUUCUAAAGGCGCGUUUGCAAGACAUGGGUGUUUCGCCCGAUUGGAAAGGUCUGCCUAAUCGUUCCUUUCAGCGAGCGUUAGAGAUAGUAAACCAUCAAGCAAAUUUGGUGAAAAAAACGUGUCCGAACUUUGACUCAAUUGCAUCACAAAUUGAGAAAGACGUGGCGAAAAAAAUCGAUAACAAACGUCAACCAAAGAAGAAACCGAAAAAACUCGCGGUUCAGAUUGAGAUAAAAAAUCGGCAAAUGUACGACACUGACACUGAGAGUGAAGUGAAACCGGUCAAAGUCAAGGAGAAACAAUUCUCAGCGCCUUAUUCAGCUGUGAUAGCGGAGUUGAAGACAGUAACGUCCAAAAUUGACGCUUCUGAUAAAUCUGAAGAGUCAAUAAAGGACGAAAAACGGGUCAAGGAGGACCAGACUAAGGGCGUUUUGAAGAGUUACCCUUCUGUCGGCUCCCUUACGAAGAAAAAAGUGUUGUUUAAUUUGGACACCGAAGAGAAGAAAGAAUUGCCGGCUAAAGACGGCGGGAGCACUACAAGCAUCACAAGCUCGGUUUUCGACGGCACACCCCGGAAUGAAGAACCAAAGAAGAAAGGCAAAGAUAUCGAAGAUUUAUCCGAUUUUGAUUUUAGCGAUAUGUAGAGUUGUUAUUUUUGUAGUCUCUGAAUAAAGUUAUUUCAAAGUA